AUCGGAUACCCACGGUGCCGAUGGUCCUCUCUCAAUGCUUCAAUAUACGCCGCACACCACAGCACAGCAAACAGCAACCAUGUCUUCCCCGCAGGCAACAGCAUAAAUAACCAUGGCCCUCCCAAAAGCUGCACGUCCUUCUCCACUACCAUCAUCCACAGAACCAACACAAUAACCACUCGGCCUAUAGAGCCGCGCAAUGUCCACAAUCCCUCGAUUCCUCCCCCGCCUUCGCCCACUCCCACCACCACGAACAGCAACAACCUCAUUCCUCCUUACCACAAUGUCGUCCCGCAACCUCACCACCACUUCCCCCUCGCAAGCCUGCAAGUCCACCUCCUCCUCCCCCACCUCCUCCUCAUCCACAAUCCCCAAAACCUCCAUCCCCAUCUUCCGCACCCUCCCCUCCCUCCGGCACUGGCGGCGCACCCAACGCGACCUCCACCGCACAAUCGGUCUCGUCCCCACCAUGGGCGCCCUGCACUCAGGCCACCUCUCUUUGAUCCGACAAGCCGCCUCUGAGACCUCCGCGGUGGUGGUCUCGAUUUAUGUCAACCCCGCGCAAUUCGGCGUAAAUGAGGAUCUGGCUAGUUAUCCGAAGACCUGGGAUUCCGAUUGUGCCUUACUCCGCGACUUGGAUAGGGAGUUAGCGGAAGAUGGGGGGAAUCUGGGGAGUGUGGCGGCGGUGUUUGCGCCGACGGAUAGGACGAUGUACCCCUCCGGUUUCCCGGGACAGGAGGUAGAUGCGAAGGGGAGCUUCGUGACCAUCACACCCGCGGGCGAGAAACUUGAGGGCGUGCAGCGCCCAACCUUCUUCCGCGGCGUAGCGACGGUGUGCAUGAAGUUGUUCAACAUCGUCACACCAGAAAAGGUGUAUUUCGGCCAGAAAGACGUUCAGCAGACUGUCGUGAUCAGGAAGAUGGUCAAGGAUUUCUGUAUGGAUACCGAGGUGCGCGUCGGUCCCACUGUGAGGGAGAGUGAUGGGUUAGCAAUGAGCAGCCGCAACGUCUAUCUCGGUACCCGUCGCCGUGCACGCGCAACAGUCCUAAGCAGCGCCUUAAAAAUCGCCGAAGCCCGCUAUAAAUCCGGCGCUCGAAGCCGGGGCGACAUAAUGGGCCCAGCAGAAUCAUACGUCCAGUCCAUACAAGAAGCCGAAGAAGCCAAACCGCCAAGCCAGCGAGUGAGAUUCGAGAUAGGCUACCUAUCCCUCGCUGACCCGGAGACGUUGGAGGAGUUGGAGACGGUGGAGGAGGGGAGGGGCGCGGUGCUGAGUGGUGCGUUUAAGAUGUUGGAGGUUGAGGAGGCGGGGGAGGGGGAGGAUAGGGGGUUGAGUGGGGGGCCGGCGGUGAGGUUGAUUGAUAAUAUUAUUUUGGAGGCUGUGGAGGAGAAGUAG